AAACUGAGGAUCUUUUUUUCAGUCUUUAUUUCACAUUCUUUCUCUUUUUUUUUUAUUCGCUACGGAGUUACGUUGAUCUUUAUUAUCGAAUAGAACAAUAACGGAAAGAAAAACUUUUGUAAUGAUUUUCACACGAUAGGAUAACAAUAGAAGAGAUUGUUACUUUAUCUCUUUUAACGUACGCUUACAAUUAGUAAUGAAGUUGAAAGAGCCAAAAAUUCCAAUAAAAGACCGUACUCCAAUGGAAGUACGCGGAAUUACUCGCACGGCGAUCAUUGCCACAGGUCACACUGAUGCUCCACAUUCAUGAGACUCUUCUGGGGCCAGUGGAACGCCUCACUGAAUUCUGCGAGGUGUCAUCCACGAACCACUCGAGUAGUUCAGCUUUCGUAGCCAAGAUGAACUUACGUAGGAUCCUGCCAUGGAUGUGGUGCUUCCUAAUUACAAGCGAAUGUUACAACGCAAAGAAUAGAGGCGAAGAUGGCUCAAAGUUGAUACGCAUCGAUGGUGACAUCAUCCUCGGCGGGAUCUUUCCGAUGCAUGAACAAGUUGCAGGCCAAUUACCAUGCGGGAGGGUGAAAGAAGAGAAGGGUAUGCAACGAUUGGAAGCUAUGUUGUAUGUCCUGGAUCAAAUUAACGCUGAUACAGAACUCUUGCCGAACACAACACUGGGUGCUCUCAUCCUCGAUUCCUGCAGUAGCGACACUUAUGCUCUGGAUCAAAGUAUGGAGUUCGUCAGAUCAUACAUGAAUCAAGACAUAUCGGAGUACAAAUGCGAAAAUGGCAAGACGCCCACUUACGUUCCCCACAAACCGGUAACUGGUGUGAUAGGCGCUGCAUUCAGCGUAGUUUCCAUUAUGGUCGCCAACAUCUUGCGACUCUUCAAGAUACCACAAGUGAGUUACGCCUCUACCAGCACAGAACUCUCAGACAAAAGCCGGUUCGAGUACUUCAGCAGGGUGGUGCCGCCAGAUAAUUUUCAGGCGCAGGCGAUCGUUGAAGUGAUCCAUCUGCUCGGAUGGAAAUAUGUUUCUACAGUCGCUGUGGAAGGUGAAUACGGCGAAAAGGGCAUCGCCAGUUUCAUUGCCCUCUCGUCGGAGUACAACAUCUGUGUCGCAGUCAGCGAAAAGAUCUUGAGAAAUGCCAAGACCGAGGACUUUGAUAGAAUAAUCGAACGACUGAGCUCGAAACAUAACGCCAGGGGAGUCAUAAUAUUCGUCGACGAGGAUAACAUAAGGAAACUGCUUCAGGCAACAGUAAGGGCCAAUCGCACGGGCCAUUUCAUGUGGGUGGGUAGCGAUUCAUGGGGCGCUAAAGUUCACCCCGUCCGGGAUCAGGAAUUCGCGGCGGAAGGUGCUAUCACCAUCCUCCCCUAUAGGAACGCCCUCAAAGAUUUCGACGAGUACUAUUUGAAAUUGCGGCCAAGAAUGGGCGACGAGUGCGGCGGACAGACAGAGAACAAUGUUCCCCAUAAGUUGGAAGGCAAGAUAGUAAACUGCCGGAAUAUUUGGUUUCGAGAAUUCUGGUCGCAGCAUCACAAGUGCACUUUCAGCGCGAACGCGUCGAGCGACGUGACACGCUGCACCGGUGUAGAAAACCUCGCCGAUUACGAAGAGGAGGGCUUGGUGCCUUUUGUCGUGGAUGCAGUUUACGCCAUGGCACACGGUGUUCAUAACGUUAUCGAGGAAGAAUGCGUAAAUAAUUUGGGUACGUCGCAUUAUCUUUGCGAAUCGCUCGUACCAGCGCCGGACGGUCCACGACUUCUCCAACACAUUCGCAAUGUCACUUUCAUUGGUCGCCAAAACACGGAAAUUAAGUUUAACUCUGACGGGGAUGCCUACGGAUUUUACAACAUCUAUCAAUAUCAAAGAAAGGACGAGGGUCGUUUCGAUUACACUCUCAUCGGCACGUGGAGGGAAGAGCUCUCUCUGGACAUCAAUAUGACACGAUGGGCGACCGGAGUCGGCAUGCUUCACAUUCCACCUAGUAUGUGCAGCGAUAACUGCCCGAUGGGACACGUCCGCAAUUUUGUAGAACCAUGCUGUUGGAGUUGCGUCGCCUGCCGAGAGGACGCCUACGUGUACAACGACACAUGCAAGAACUGCAAUCCCGGGUAUGCACCGGAUUCCACAAUGACGGACUGCGUUAAGCUUACCGCUGAGGUUAUACCCUGGACGAGUCCCUGGGCGCUGGUACCGUUGAUAUUUGCAUCCAUUGGGAUCCUCAGCACCCUCUUCACCACCGUCGUCUUCAUACGAUUCAAUCGCACUCCAGUUAUUAUGGCAUCGGGACGCGAACUAUGUUACGUUCUGUUGGUGGGAAUUCUCUCCUGCUACGGCAUGAGCUUCAUCAUACUGAGCAAGCCGACCAUAUGGAAUUGUACAUACCUCAGGAUCGGCCUCGGCCUCUGUCUCAGUAUAUGCUACAGCGCGAUUCUCACGAAAACUAAUCGUAUAUCGCGGAUAUUCAACCAGGGCACGAAGAAGAUCAAGAGGCUCUCCUACACAUCGCCCAAGAGCCAAGUGGUAAUCGCUAUCGGGAUCACCGCGGUGCAACUCAUCGGCACUAUCGUGUGGCUGAUGAUCGAGCCGCCGGAUACCACGGAGAUCCAUCCAUAUCCGUUGUCCGCGGUGCUCACGUGCCGGGUGUCGACGUUCUCGUUGAUGAUGUCCCUCGUCUACAACAUGUUCCUGAUUCUGAUGUGCACCCUGUACGCGUUCAAGACCCGCAAGAUCCCGGAGGACUUCAACGAGGCCAAAUAUAUCGGCUUCACCAUGUACUCCACGUGUAUCGUCUGGCUAGCCUUUGUGCCCAUCUACUUUGGUACCAACAACGACUACAAGUCGAGCGGACGGCUGCCUACGUUGCAGGUUCAGAUCGCGAGCAUGUGCAUGUGCAUCAACAUCUCCGCUUCGGUUGCCCUCGGCUGCCUCUUCACGCCCAAGGUCUACUUAGUGCUGUUCCAGCCUUACAAAAACGUUCGCCCUGGUCAUCCUAACACGAGCAGAGACGGUUUGCAGAGUGGCAAUCGCUCUGCGUAUAGCAUGCGCUUUGCCGGUGGUCGCAGCCAGACGAUGCAGAGCGUGACAUCGGGCUCGCGCAGCAGCCCGCCAAUGUCCCGUGGGGGCGCGGGACGUGCGGAUGAGCGAAAGCACGCGAACGAGCAUCGGGCGAGGAUGCGCGAGACCGAGGCGGAGGUGUAUGUCAAUGGCGACAACGACGAUGGCGGCAACGGUAGCGGUAGUGGCAGCAGCAAUAGCGGUAACGGCGACAGCGGCAGCGACGACGACGAUGACGACGAUGACCAAGAGGAACGCAAGCUGUCGACUGUUCAGGAACUACCAGAGCUCACCGUCAGUCCACCCAUGAGCUUGGCGAUGCGCCGAGUGCGCGAGAGGAGUCAAGGCGAGCCGCGUCACCACUCCGAUCAGCCGAGCGAUCGCAAAGCCAGGAUCAGCAGUAUCUCCGAGAGAGUAGAAGCGCGCGCGAGGAAAGAGAGAUCGUACCUGAACGAGGAGCAGAUUCUAAGCUACAGCGACUCGCCGACCUUCUCCGAGUUCUCCUCGUAGUAUUAAACGGUCAUCUCGAAUCUCAACGAAGCGUCCUCUUCAAUAUCCUUCACAAAGUUUCCGACCAGCACGAAAGGCCUCGUCUAUCUUGCCGCACUCGAUAUUUUAUAUGCGCCAGACGUUUUGUAUAUUCCGACGAAAUGUAAGUGAUUUGACGACACUUGUUCAAUUCUUUGCACUUCUGUGAUUACACAAAACACAUUAAUUAUACAGAAUAUUUUUUUCUUAAGUACUAUCCAAAACUUUCGAAAUUGAUUUAUAAGAUUUUACGAAAAAAAGUUUAUACGAAUAUAUGGUCUUGAGAAUCACAUUUUAGAUAGUAUUAAGAUAUUGUAAAAUUAUCUUCUUUCUUAAUAGCUUCUAAAUGGAAAGAGAUUUCCUUUUCAAACUCGAGCUGGUAAAUAAAAAAUUAAAUUCCAUUUUUUAUCUAUAGUCGCCAUUUUGUAAAAAGAGAAUAGCGCAGAAUAACGUUCAAGUAGUAUACUACUAUCUCGAACUUGCCAACACAUGAAAUCAAAUUUUUAUAAUUAUAUUACUAUACACUUUUUCUAUAAAUUUUAAAGCGAUAAUUAAAAAGAAAUACAAUACUUUUAUGGAAUUUGUAACACCCUAUAUUUUAAAAACGUAGCCUUUGAGAUUAUAUAUUCGUAUAAAUUAUUCUUCAUAAAUCAAUUCUUAAAACAACACACCAGUACUUACGAAAUAUCCUCUAUAAUUAAAUCUGAUGAUUAUUCUUAUUAUAAAUUAAUAUGAAUUUGAAAGAUGAAAGAUGAAUUUAAAUCAAAAUUAGAAAAGCUUCCAUCAAAUGGAUAAUUUGUAUUUCUAAAAUGUCGCAUCUUCUUUCAAGACAGAUAAAUUUUUUGAUAAUAAGAAAUUAUUAGAAAAUUAUAGCAAGUUUUGAGAAUAAUUUCUCCUCCCCCCCCUCUCUCUCUCUCUCUCUCUCUCUCUCUCUUUCUGUCUCGCGCGCGCGACCGCAGUGUGACGUUUACAAUCUUGUCGUUACUAAAAUACAUUCUCGAUGACUGCAAUUUGGUUGUCCAAAAUAAUAGUCCUUCUUGUGUAGUUAUUCAUAUUAGAAACCUUUGUGUUUUGUUUGCCUUGGCGUACGAACGUUACGUUCUUCACGACACUCGGCAAGUUUCCAGUAUUACGCGAUCAGUUUUUGGGAAGCAUUAAUCUCUCACGAACAAAGACCUUUUUCCUACUUGCAUACCAAUAACGUAGUGGAGUUUAUAUAUGAAAGUUUUGGAUUGACCAAAACUCGACAAGUAUUUCAUAUUAUUCAACAUAUGUAUAUAAAGACAAGCGACCAUAUUUAUAUUAUUUUAGAUUGUUUUUUUCUUUAGAGAAUAUCUUUCACAAGAGAAUUUGCAUGAAUUAAAUAUUGGAUCUUUCUCUGCUUUAAAUUAAUUUGCACCAGAUAAACAGCAAAAUUUUGUUCGUUACUCGUAACACUGUAAAACUGUUCGAAUAUUGGAUAUAUUAUGAUAAAUUACUCCAAGUAAUGAUAGAUUACUUGAAAUUAUGUGAAAAAAAUUCUGAAAACCUAUCCAGUGAUUUUGAAAUACCAGAUGCGUACGUUAAUUAACUAUGAACGAAUAUGAGUGUGCUAGGAUAUGUAGCAAUAAUAAAAUUCGAUUGGUUAAAAUCGAGUAAUUGUCGCAUCUUAUCGAUUGAAGAGGAAUCGCGUAUACGAAUGCCAGAGAUUAAUUCGUUAAUUUCGGUUGUAGUGAAACAAAAAUAUCGAUUAUAUAACGGCAACAGCAAUUGCAUAGAAUUCAGCUAUCAAAUAUUCGAAACGGAAAUCUAGUCGCAGUGAUACGAUCGUUUUCUUAAAAUCUAUCGCUUCAAUUUGACUUUAAAGCAAAAAUUAAUUUAUACAUGUUAUAUUGGAAUUUAUGCAAGAGCCGCUGUAAUAAAAAACGUCAGAUUCAAAUCCAAUUCGCAUUUUUCUUCCAAUUUUAGCAUAGAAAUUUUAUUCGUUUAACUUUAAAUAAAGGUAACUUAUCAAAUUAGGGAAUAAAUUAAAAAAUAGAACAUUAGUCCCGAGUGUAAUUCGAAACAAUGAAUAUGUUAAGAUUAAGACAACGAUGAAUCGAUCGAUUUUAAUCCGUCUCAGCGUAGAUGUUACAUCGAGAGUUUGGCUAAUGAUAAAUUGCUUUGAUGAAAAUAAGGGAGAUAAAAGACAGGCAGUUAGAAAGAGAGAAAGAGAGAGUGAAAACAUAUCGACCCAAGUAAGGCAUUCCUGUAUAAAAAAACCAAAAUCAAAAAGAUUUUACUUGCAGCACGAUAAGAAUUGCUAGGUAAGAAAGAUUCGACGAAGCAUUUUUCGGCGACAAUUACAUUAAUGUUGUUAUAGCCAUCGUAAACGUAGAACGUAAACGAAGGCAAAAUCUAUCAACUCGUUAGGACUGUUAUUAUCGUUUCAAAGAAUAUCGAAAGAUGCGAAAUGUUUUGCUAAUUCGAUUUCUGCGUGACUACUUUGCGCGUUGUAUAUACGAUACGCCUAAAAUAUCGUUGUUAAUUAUUUAUCCUAAUAUGUCUACGUUGAUAUUAUCUGAAACGAAUGUUUGUAUAACAUGCAUCACUUUAGAAAAUAAGUUCGAACAUAACCAAUAAUUUUUUUCGCAGAUAUUACCCAAUUCCUUCGUCUUCUUUUCUCUUCUCUUUAUUUUAAUGGAAAAAAAAAAAAUAUAUAUAUAUAUAUAUAUAUAUAUAUCCGAACGUAUCUUCGGUUCAAUUAAUAUUUAAGGAACAUUGUAAUCAGCGUUUUAAUCUGUAAUUCACUGAUGUUUCUUGGUUAUUAAAUUACUUUAAUUAAUGAUUAAUUAAUAUCUCUGUUAAUUAAACAUCUGUAAAUACACAUAUUACGAUUACGAUUGGACGAUCGCGGAAUCUCGCAUCCCCGAGAAAUGGAAUAUUUCUUAAUUAAUAAUUGUACAAAAUAUUAUAUAGCGUUGAAAUCUAAAGAGACGUCGUUGACGCUGCGUGCAUGUUUAAUAUAUAAUAGCUGUUAUACGUGUAUACUUAUGUGCCUAGCCAUGUGAGCUACUUUCCGUGACUGUAUAUCGAUGUCUUCGUGAUUAAGUCGAAUAAUGAUAAAAGAUACCAAAAAGAUUUCCUCAACAAACAACAGUGCAGUGAUAUAUAAUUUUAUUUUAGUAGGUAUUAUAAAUUCUAUUGAGUAACUAAUAAAUUUGAAUUUAUAUGUUAAUGUAUAAUUUAUCUUUAUCUAAGCAGUAGUUUAUCAGUGUAACAUAUGUACAUACAAGAAGUCUUAUUUUAUAUUUUAUAAAGAUACAUAUGUUAUAUGUAAAAAAUAAUGAAUUUUUGUUAUCGCUAUUAUUUAUUAAUUAUGCCAAACCACUUUCUUUCUUCCCCUUAUUUGCUUUUAUUAUAACUAAACAAAUAUUUUAAUAUUUCAAAAAAGAAAAAUUGUCAACGAGUAUAGCCGUUAUCCGACUUAAUGGAAUACUGCGUAGUGAAGUAGUGAGGAUGCACGAUUAUGUUAAUUGGACAUACGACGAAAAAUUGUAUAUCAAACUAUAUCGGCCCGAAGGAUGCGUAAGUAACUUGAUAAAUAUACUGCCUGCGAUAAUAAGCCGAUUAACGAAUGAUUCUGUACAUAACAGUGCUAGUCUAAGGAGAUCUGUUUUCACCAGUCUAAACUGCAGUGUCCGAUUUAAGUGCAAGUCCUUACGGUUUUUCAUUCUUAUCCAGACAGAUAGACGGACUAUUCUAACUAUUCUAACUUUGUCCCAGUUAAAGGCUCUUCGAUCUUAUCCGGUCGAAUCAUAUCUUCUCGUCUUCGUCGUGUCAUGGAGAAUUUUACUUACAAGACGGAUCGAAAAAGAUAUGCAUCAUGCAGACUUGUUUUUAAAACUAUUGUUUAAAGAGAGAUUCCAUAUGUGUGUGUGUGUGUGUGUGUGUGUGUGUGUGUGUGUGUGUAUGCGCGCGCGCGUGUGUAGAGAGAGAGAGAGAGAGAGAGAGAGAGAGAGAGAGAGAGGCAGACACAGCACUGCAAGCGCAUUGCAAAAUAUUGUUGUAACGUUGCAGCCAUAUUAUGCAAUAUUUUUGCAAUGCUGUGCUGUAUGACCGAAUGUAUAUUACUCCUAGAAGAAACGGGUCAAGAAUAUUGAUGUGUAUGGUCAAUCAUUUAUGAACAAUGGUACACGAGUACAUACACGUGCAUCAAACGUAUCUUAGAACGCGAAUAAAUUAACGAACUGGCGAUAUACCGCUGCGCGGUACAAUCCAUAGCAGAGUUCCAUAAACUCGUUUAGCGAUAAACGCGAUUAUCGGUAGUUUGAUACAUAUAUCUACGUGUUUGAGAUCGAUUUAAGUAGAGCAACGGAAAAAAUUUAAAUAUAUACAUAUGCAUAUUAUGUCAGAUGCGAACGAAAAUUCUCGGUUUACCGCACUAAAACAACUAUUCCCUAUCGCGGAGUAUUCAAUUUUAAAACAUAAUUUUAUAUUACGGUGCCAAAUCGAUGUUAGCGCAAAAAAGAGAAUUGUGGAAAACCUACAGAUGUACCGUAGAUAUAAAUUGCAAACCGUAUUUCGUAGGAUAUUAACAACAGCGCGAGAAUCGUCUCCCGAAACGUUAAGUCGAUAUAUUAACGAUAAACGCGAAUAAGAUUUUGUAAAUAAGGGGAGGACACUAGACACGUAAUAUGUAUUACGUAACAUGGUAUAUAUGUAGUGCGCGCGAUAUUAAAUGUGUGCAAAAGCAGCGGCUUUAACAAGCCAUUUAUACGUAUAUUCAUCCUCGUGCAUAAGAUUCAAAUUAGAUCUAAACAGUUGAAAUUGUUUCUUUUAAUGAAACCCAACUCUUUUUCAGACUUCUUUACAUUGCAAAUCAUCUUGCUUAAGUUCCAUUUACUUUUUAUAUUUGUGUAAUUAAUUAUGUAAUAUUUAAUAUUGAAUGUCGCAUUACAAAUAUUUCUUCCCUAAUUAGAAAAAAGUUGGAACGGAGGAGAGAAGAAACGCUGUGCAAAGCGAUUGCGAUUGUGAAACCAGAGAGAAAUCGGAUGUAAUAAUUUUAGAAUUGUACAUUUAUCAUCUUAUCGAAUAUUAUUUUCUAUGUGAGUAACAUUGCGUAGAAUCAAAUUUUAACUUGCACCGUCGCACAUAUGGUGUUUUCCGGUAUCUUGUGAAUUUUAAGAAAAAUUAUGCCUAAUUAUAUCAUUUAUUGAAUAUUAUUUUUUUAAAACAUUUUUUUUAUUUAACGUAUGACGUUAUUUCGAUAAGUCAAAUUAACGUUUUCUGCCCAAUGCCCUGUAAAGAGGAAAGCCAAUUGUAACAUAAGCUGUAACGAAUCGAGAAACAAAUUAAUACAUAAAACGACUUCUCUCAAAAUUGUGAAAUACAAACGCGUCUCUCUGAAAAUACUGCGAGAAUUUCUUUUAUUCGAAGAAAGACUCGUCCCAUAAGGAAGGUUUUGCAAUUCGAAAAUUUCCCAAAAAUUCUGCCUCAAAGCUUUGUAAAAAAUAUAUGUGAAUCUAAUCAUGUAACAAUUUUCUAUUUUGUCUGAUAAACGAUAAGAAAACAUCCCUUCAAAAAAUAUAUCUGACUUUCCACAUUUCUGUUAACAGCUAAGAAACUGUAAAAGAUGUGUUUUUUAUCUUUGUUUUCAUGCAUUAAUGAUCAAUCUCACGUUUUUAAAUAUUAUCUUCAAUUCAUAUAUCGCGCAAUAGUACAGAGCUUAUAAAACAUUUUAAGUUGGCGAAAAAAAAUAUAAAAGAAAACUUAUGUUUAUCACAUCGCUAUAAGCUUUGAAAAUCAUCAAUCUUUAUAUUUUAUCUUAAAUUUUUUUCAAAAUGGCUCUUAUAAUCUCUUACUCUGAAAUAUUAACAGAAAUAUGAAAAGUCUGAUUUCUUUGGAGAGAUCAAUUUUUUCACUCUAGAAUGGUUCUGCAGCUGACACGGAAUAUUGUUAUAUAAUUAAGUUCAUAUAUACUCUAUUUUUACCAAAUUAAAGAAUUUGUAGGUUGCUAAACCUUCUUGCCUUUUGAGAAAAAAAGUACUUAUUAUCACUCUUAUUUUAUUUCUAAUGUUCCAACGACUCUGGUGAACAUUUCCUCACAAUUUUUCAUAUAAUAUGUAAAAAAUUUUUAUAUUUUUAUAAAAAUUUUUCAAAAUUUCUGUAUAAUUUUGUAACUUUCUAGAAAACUUUUCAGAUUUUUUAUACGAAUUUGAACUUUGUUUUUUCAGAAAUGUUGAGAAAAUUUACAUCUUUUCUAGAAUACUUUCUUUUUGAUACAUCUUGAGAUUUCUAAAAGAUUUCUCAUUCUAUAAUUUUUGUAAAAUCUUAUAAAAUCUGAAAAAGUUUCAAGUAAUGUUCAAAAAUUAUAGGACAUAAAUUUAAAAAAGAUUAAAAUUGCAAAAUAUUCCCAAAAAGUGUAUCAAAAAAAAGUUUGUACAAAAAUUCUGAGAAAAUUUUCACCAGAAAAGUUUUUUAAUCUGGCAGUUCCGUAGGCCUAAUUAUAUUGAUUUAGUUUUUAAUCAGUAUUUCGCGAUCCCCGAAUUCGCCUAUUCGUUUUCGGACUAAAGGAUAGAAGUUGUGUCGCUGAUAACAAGAUCCGAUGAUCAGCGAUCUCGCUUAUACGAUCUCAUUGUAUGUUAAGUCGUUAAUAGAUUAAACAAAUUUAGACUAAUUAAUGGGUCUCUCCAUGGAGAUAUCCAUUUUUUUUAUAAGCGUUGCGCAUGACGCCCAUCGAAAGAGCAUGAGCGUGAACAGUAUACGUCAAUUAAUAAAAAAACUUAAGUUAACAAACCGCGAUAAUUUGUGGCGUUAUCAGCCCUGAAACACGCUGUCGCCCAAUAAAUUUUCAUGUAACUUUCUGCAGGUUUUACAAUUUUAAAACAAUUACUAUGAUUUAAAUGUCAUUAUCGAGUCAUUCGUCACCGUUUAUGCGUUUCGUUACUAGAUAUUUUUUUUUUUUUAAAUUCGCGUUCUUGUUGAUCCUCACUGGCUGGAAUAAUAACAGACGAAUUUUUUAUGUUCCCUUUUUGCUCAUAUUCUUUUCUAUGAAAAUCAUUCUUUAUUUAGCUAGAUUAUAAAUAUUUUAUUCAUUUAUGAAUUGCACAUGGUCGCUUGGAAAAAUUUUUUUAAAAUAACUCGCUUGAAAUUUUUUUACAAUCGAUAUUUAACACGUUCAAAUUAUUCUUACAUAAAGUAAUUUCAAAAUAUAUUUCUCCUUUUAAUUUAUUUAUUUGAAAACAAUACGCUUAUUUAUACAGGAAAAUCACAAUCCCUUUUCAAUUUUGUAAUAAAAUGAAAUUAUUUUGUUAUGUAUGUGUGUCUAUGUGUAUGUGAGAAAUCAUGUUUAUUAAAAGUGUACCUUAAUCGGGUGAGGAUUAACUAUUAGUUACCACCAUUAAUCGUUUCAUCAAUAAUGAUCAUAAUGAUGGUCAUUUUUAAGCAUUCUAGAAUAUUUUGCCAUAUUUAUUAGCUAAUCGAUAGACACUUGGCAUUCGUAUCUUAUCAAUAUUAUUAUCCUACGUUGUUAUAUUAUGUAUGCGUUUAUUUACGUUGUGAUACGGUUUAUGCGUUUAAUAUAUUCUCUAAUAAAUGUUGUCAAUAAAUUAUUUCCGUCUUACAAUCAGCA